CGGCUCUCUGCUCCCUCCGCUCAUACAAUCGGUGCGGGCGGGCCCGGCACACACACGGAUAUCUCCGCACACGGGGUGCGAGCAUUUCUACAGCUGCGUACAGGGAAGGGGGGCCCCCGGGGGCCACAGGGCUCCCCUCAUCAUCUCCCAGUAUGGAGGGGCCCCGGGACACCGACACCGAGAGGAGGUAUUCCGACAUCUUCCGACUGCUGGACUCCAACCAGGAUGGACAUGUGGACAUCAGCGAGCUGCGAGCCGGCCUGGAGGCCCUGGGGGUCCGGGGAGGAGAGGAGUCCGGGAAGGAGAUCCUGCGAAUGGGAGACACGGAUCAGGAUGGGCAGCUCAACUUCGAGGAGUUCACCCGAUACCUGGAGGAGAGGGAGAAAACGUCUGCUCAUCAUGUUCAACAGCUUGGACCGCAACAACGAUGGUCGCAUUGACGUGUCUGAGAUCCAGCAAUGUUUCCAGAGCCUUGGCGUCCAUAUCACACUAGACCAGGCCCACAAGAUCCUGCUGAGCAUGGACCGUGACGGGACGCUGACCAUUGAUUGGCUGGAAUGGAGAGAUCAUUUCCUGCUGAAUCCGCUGCACAAUAUGGAAGACGUGGUCACUUAUUGGAAGCACUCCUCAAUGCUGGAUAUAGGUGAGUCUCUUGCGGUUCCAGAUGAGUUCUCAAAGAAGGAGAUCCGCACCGGUAUGUGGUGGAAGCAGCUGUUGGCGGGAGGUGUGGCAGGAGCCGUGUCAAGGACAGGAACCGCCCCCCUGGACAGGCUGAAAGUCCUAAUGCAGGUACAUGGAUCAAAAUCUCAGGGGCUCUCCAUGUUGAGGGGAGUGAAAGCAAUGAUAGAGGAAGGUGGAUUGCGCUCACUGUGGCGGGGGAAUGGUAUAAACGUACUGAAAAUCGCUCCUGAGUCCGCUAUCAAAUUCAUGGCAUAUGAGCAGAUAAAGAAGGUCAUCCGGGGUCAGCAGGAAACGCUGAGGGUCCGGGAGAGGUUCAUUGCUGGGUCGUUGGCCGGAGCCAUCGCGCAGACUGUCAUAUAUCCUAUGGAGGUAUUGAAGACUCGGUUGGCUCUCCGGUGCACUGGGCAGUUCUCUGGGAUGACAGAUUGCGCGCGACAUAUCCUGCGUACUGAAGGGGUGAGAGCGUUCUCUAAGGGCUACCUACCAAACCUGCUGGGUAUCGUGCCGUAUGCGGGCAUUGAUUUGGCCGUGUAUGAGACGCUGAAGAACACAUGGUUACAGAGGUACAGAGCUAGCACCAGCGCUGAUCCGGGAGUACUGGUACUGUUGGCUUGUGGGACUGUAUCCAGCACGUGUGGGCAAAUUGCCAGUUAUCCAUUGGCCCUGGUCAGGACACGUAUGCAGGCGCAAGCCACAAUCCAGGGCGCUCCGCAGCUCUCCAUGGUAGCUCUGUUCCGUUAUAUCGUGGCUCGGGAAGGGUUCCUGGGCCUGUACCGAGGAAUCGCUCCGAACUUCAUGAAAGUGAUACCUGCGGUCAGCAUUAGCUACGUGGUCUAUGAGAAUAUGAAACGUGUGCUGGGUGUGACUAGUCGAUGA